AAAAUUUUUAAUUUAUUUUUUAAAAUUUCCGUUAAUUUGUUUUUUAAAAAUUUCGUUAAUUUUGGUUUUGUAGAGCCACCGGAUCUCGCGGCGGAUAGUUUCGUGGAGAAAUUUGCUGCCACGGUUAUAAAAAAUUUACAAGUGACUAUCCGAAAUAUACACAUUCGUUAUGAAGACAAAUACUCCAAUCGUAGCCGUCCAUUUGUGGUUGGUGCAACACUUGAAGGCAUCAAUUUCAAGACCACAGAUGAGAAUUGGAACGAAACAAUACACAAGGAAGUGGUGAAAGUGGUCUAUAAAUUGGUCUCAUUGAAUAAUCUUGCGCUGUAUUGGAAUUCAGAUUCGACGCUUUUCUCAGAUUUGACUGAUCACGCGAAGAUUCUGCAAGAAAUGAAUGAUUCUAUUGUUGUUGGAAACAAGAAACCAUCGGGCUACAAAUACAUGCUGGAGCCAAUUAAUAUGCAGGCAAAGCUUGCACUCAAUCAAAAGCCCGAAACAGAUGGUUCGAAUUGGACAAUUCCAAAAAUCAGUCUCCAACUUGGUCUCGAUAUACUUGCAUUGGCUGUUGGUAAAUAUCAGUACCAGGAUUUGCUACUACUCCUGGAAGCACAGGAAAGAUUUCGUACAGCGGCCCAGUACCUCAAAUACCGUCCCAACCUGAAUGAAUAUCGUGGCCAUUAUAAAGAGUGGUGGCAUUUUGCGUACAAAGCAAUUCUGGAGGAGAAUGUUCGAAGGCGACGCAAUAAUUGGAAUUGGGAGCGGAUGAAAAAGCACCGAAAAUUAGUGAAAUCCUACAAAGCAGCAUGGUUAAAGAAGCAAACUGAAAAGAACUUAAGUAGUGAAGACCAAAACAUUAUAGAGGAAGCUGAUAUGGAAAUAGACAGACGCGGCCUGAAAAGAGUGGAAGACCAACCGCAGGGCUGGAUUGGUUGGGCUAAAAGCUGGUGGAGCGGUGACGAAGGUGAACAGAAGAAAGCCGAAGGAGGUGAUAAAUUAUCAACGCCAGGUGAUAUUGUAAGCAAAUUUGAGCAAGCUAUGACACCGGAAGAGAAGGCUAAAUUGUUCGAAGCAAUUGAUUAUCAGGUAGCAAUUAUGAUUUUUAUCAUCUCUUUUAAAAACUUUGUCAUCGUUACCGAUUAUUUUAAUUUACAGGAGAAUACUCCACCGACCGAUUAUCCGAAACACUUUGUGGAAAAUGUCAUAGUGGCUGAUCUGAACGUGUUGAUGAUUGUGAUCGAGGAUGCUAUCACACUUAAAUUCACCACAAUUACCACUAAAAUACAACAGCGACCAGCUGCCCAAGCUGUCAAUUUGAAAAGUGGUAUUAAAAAAGUGACAAUGGACGGCUGUGGUCAGCCAGUCUUAUUCAUGCAAGAUGAAUCCACUGAUUGGUUGACAGUACUUGUGGAUACAAAUCCGCUGGAUCGCGAUAAAGCCGGCUAUGAUCAGUACGUUAAGCUGGCUGUGGCACCAACAUUUAUGAAAUACCAUGCUCCAGCAAUCAAUACGGCGAUCGAAGCAUUACGACCACCCGAAAGCGAUGUGAAAGCACGUUCGCUUACGGGAUUGGCGCAUGCGGUCGAUACGAAGACGAAACUUAUGCUGGAUAUUCGAAUAUCACCACUGACAAUUGUUAUCUCCGAAGGUGGUAUCUUCGAUGAGGGGAAGCGCAAUCUGAUUGCCGAUCUUGGCUUACUUACGCUAACAACCGUUGAUGAUAGUUCAUUUGCCGAAGCAUCUUAUACCGGUAAUGAGGAUGCAGAACGCCGUCAGCAGCUGCUAAUUCGUGCAUAUGAUAAAUUUAAUGUAAAAUUAACAAACGUGCAAUUGAUAUUCGCCGAUAACUAUGGUAAUGGUAUGGCUGCACGAACAGAUCCAAAAUCACCCUUCCACUUGCUGCAGCCAACGGGCAUGGAUAUUGGAUUCCAUAAAUCAUCCAUCGACGAUUUACAAUUACCAAAGUAUACCAUUAGUGGUUUUUUGAAAAAAAACGAAGUUCAAUUUUCCCGAAGUGCAUUGUUACAAGUUUUUUUUUUUCAGUUUGAAAAAGCACGAGUGAAAGAUCUGGCAAAAAUGCGUGCCAUCAUGGAAGUGGCCGAAAUUGAACAUACGGCCGAGAAAGUGGAGGUGAAAAAGGAGGAAAGCGGCGUAGGCGGCGAACCACAGCAGCAGCAACAGCAGGAUCAGCAACAACAGCGGAAAACUGAUGUACAACAAAUACAACUUGAGCUUAAUCUUACGCUGGACCAGGUUGGACUUGUAAUUGGUACACCGGAUGCGAUAUUUCUAUCGGUGCAAAUCAGGCGUUUGGGUUGUGGUUUGCAAAUGCGUACUUUUGAUAUGGUUGCAACGGCAUAUUUGGGUGACCUGACCGUCGAACAGCCGCAAUACAAAAGUUUGGUACCUGGCCGGGAAACAUUGUUUGUUAUUGAUAAUACUCAUAAAAGUGAUCAGAAUUUGCUGCAACUGAAAUACGUACAAGCAAACAAAGAAAGUCCAUUCUUUGCGACCGAUUACAAAUCCACCGAGCAGGCAAUUGAUUUUUCGUUCAGAACGCUUACGGUUACACUUCAUCAGUUACAAGAGCAACAAGGAGUAAAACCAAAAGAAACAGCUGUUGCAGCUAAUGCGGUAGAUGCUGCACCAGAACAAGUCGAGAAAAGAGCACUAUCGCGAACCCCAAGUCAACAAAGCGUAAAAUCAUUGUCGACAUUCGAAUCAAUGAAACUGAGCCAGGCUCGACGUCAGCGUGAACUAGAACAGGCACAAGACGAUCGAAUUAUCAAAACACAUGUGAAUGCUCUGUUUGAUGCAUUAUCGGUAUAUGUUGGAUCGAAUGAGUGCUUAGAUACGUCGCUUGGUAUCAGUGAAAUUCGAGCUACAGUCAUAAUGAAAGUGCGAACGAUGGAAGUAGAAGGUGGCGUGAAAGCAAUAACAAUGGAAGAUUGUACAGGACAUACAAUACACAAACAUCUGCUAGCACUCUGUGGUGAAGAUAUGGAGAUGUUGUCGUUCACGUUCAAGCAGUUCAAUCGCUCCGAUGCCGAGAAGAAACAAAUGAAACCCAGUGAUCUGGACAUGUAA